AUGGAUAUUUUACAACAGAUGAACUUAUCUGACUUCACACUGUAUGAUCUGAUAAACGUGAAAGGCGUGGAGGACACUAUCGACAAAUACCCGUUGAUGGCAUCACCGGUGCCAGGAUCCAUACUAAUAGCGAUAUAUCUUUACUUCAUCUACAAAUGGGGCCCAAACUUUAUGGAAAAUCGCAAACCAUUCGACUUGAAGUUGGUCAUAGCCGCUUACAAUAUCUUUCAAGUCAUUGCGUGCGCUUAUUUGGUGCUGAACUAUAUUAAAGUAGGGUUCGAGUUUAGUUUUAUCGGAAGAUGCACACCAAAACUACCCGUGCAGGAGUACGAACAUGGCUACGAUGCGGUUUACUAUGGCUGGCUUGCCAUGUGCCUGCGGAUGGUGGAAUUUAUCGAAACCGUCUUCUUUGUUUUGAGGAAAAAGCAGAAUCAAGUAUCAGCGUUGCACGUCUAUCAUCACAUUAGCACUUUCCUAAUUGUGUGGUGGAGUCUGAAACUAAGCUUAUCUUAUCAGGAAAUGUCGAUUAUGGUGCUCAACUCGAUCGUCCAUAUCAUCAUGUACUCGUACUAUCUGCUGUCAUCGUACAAAAUGUUCCGUCCGGUGACGAGCCGCGUUAAGCCUGCCAUCACUAUCAUCCAGCUGGCUCAGCUGGUGACGAUGCUGGUCCACGUGAAUGCCGCUCUGCAACCGACGUGUGCCGCCAACAAGUUUAUCUACAUGCUGCAUGCCAUUAAUCUCGUCAUCCUGAUCAGUUUGUUCACCAACUUCUACCUGCAGACCUACAUCAAGAAGAGCCGCAAAGCCAAACAAAGCUAG